AAAAUCGCGCAGGCGCAUUGCUGCGGUGCAUAGGAGAAGAAUGUACAUCUUGUCAUCUGUACUUACAGUGCCGCAAAACCUGCGCUUGAGAGCCAGUAGUUCGCCGAAAACCAACCUGCGUGACUUCGUUUCGAGCUCAGCAACACUGCGCCUGGGGCAGAAAUGCGACGACGUUCAGCGUGGGAGUGUCAAACCCAGCCCCACUCUCUGUUAGCAUGACUAGCACUCCUGCUGUGUUUUGACUUCCGUCUCAAAGCUCUGCUGGCUGCGAAUAGAGAUGUCGUUUUGAAUUUUUGGGUCGCCGGUAUGGACUUAAUCUAAAACGGAAAAAAAAAAAAAAAAAAAAAAAAAAGUGAAGGCCCUCAGUGGAAGGUUAGCGAAGCCUCACAAAUGCCAUCUACGCGUCCGCUUUGACAUCGAGGACGACGCGUCGUGCUGGCUGUACUGGUGGAUAAGACCAGUGACACAUGCCCGUCCGGACGUUCAGUUAUGUCCAUCGCGUUAGCCUAAAGCGUAGUCUUCAAGCACAUUUAAUCGUCGGGCCGGCGAAGUUUUCGUGGAGGCAUUAAUGCUGUCGACAGUCACCCCUGAUCCAUCCCCGGAGAGCCCCCUGCUCGGGCCUCUCGCCCCAGCGCCGGCCCGUGCGCGCGCCCCAGCCCCCGCUGGCCGCAAGCGCGGCGGGGAGGCGCGCGGAAGCAGCCCUCCUGCUCGGGGUGUCAUGGAGGUGGGCGUGCGCGUGGUGCGCGGUGUGGACUGGAAGUGGGGCAACCAGGACGACGGCGAGGGCCACGUCGGCACGGUGGUGGAGGUGGGGCGCCAGGGCAGCACCACCACGCCUGACAAGACGGUGGUGGUGCAAUGGGACAGUGGCACACGCACCAACUACCGCACCGGCUACCAGGGCGCCUACGACCUGCUGCUCUACGACAACGCGCAGAUCGGUGUCCGCCACUCCAACAUCAUCUGCGACAGCUGCAAGAAGCAUGGGAUCAUGGGGAUGCGCUGGAAGUGCAAGGUGUGCUUCGACUACGACCUGUGCACGCACUGCUACAUGAACAACAAGCACGACCUCUCGCAUGCCUUCGAGCGCUACGAGACCGCCCACUCGCAGCCAACGAGUCUGACGCCCAGGCAGAACCUCGCCCGGAUCAUCCUCAAAGGGAUCUUUCAGGGUGUGAAGGUCAUCCGCGGACCCGACUGGGACUGGGGCAACCAAGACGGAGGCGAGGGUAAGGUCGGCAAGGUGGUGGAUAUCCGGGGCUGGGACCAGGAGUCCGGCCGCAGCGUGGCCAGCGUCACCUGGGCCAACGGAACCACCAACGUCUACAGGAUGGGCCACAAGGGCAAGGUGGACCUCAAAUACGUGACGGACGGCCAGGGCGGCUACUACUACAAGGAGCACCUGCCAAAGUUAGGUGAGCACACAGAGCUGCAGAGACAGGAGAGUGCCGACAGCCACACGUUCCAGCAGGGUGACAAGGUGAAGUGUCUCCUGGAGGUGGACAUCCUCCGACAGAUGCAGGAGGGCCACGGAGGCUGGAACCCUAAGAUGGCAGAGUACAUUUGCAGAAUUGGCACUGUGCACCGUAUAACGGAUCGAGGGGACGUCCGGGUCCAGUACAGCAACAACAUUCGCUGGACCUUCCACCCUGGAGCGCUGACUAAGGUGAAUACGUUUGCAGUAGGCGAGCUGGUGAGGGUUUUGGAUGAUACUGAGAGCGUCAAGCGACUGCAGGCUGGCCAUGGAGAGUGGACAGACAGCAUGGCUUCUGCCCUGGGCGAGGUUGGCAAGGUGCUGAAGGUGUACGCAGAUGGCGACCUGCGCGUGGCGUUCGGGGGACAGACCUGGACCUUUAACCCCGCCUGCCUGUCGGCUCAGCCCGGCGAGGUGGACGCCAAUCUCAUGACUGCCGAGAACCCAAGCGAAUCCGGAAGCGCGGUGAUAUCAGUCCUGGAGAAGCUACUGUCCCAGUCCCCGGAGCUGGACAGCCCUGCGCGCCUGGUCAUCGAAGCGGCGCACGGCAGCGCGGCCAAAGUCCGCGACCUGGUGCAGAAGUUUCCGGACAAGGUGGACAUUAAGAACCAGGGGAAGACGGCUCUGCAGGUAGCUGCCCACCAGGGUCACGCCGAGGUGGUGAAGAUCCUCCUGCAGGCCAACAGCAGCAUGGAAGCCAAGGACGAGGACGGCGACGCCGCGCUGCACUACACCGCCUUCGGGAAUCAGGCGGACAUCGCCCGCUUGCUCCUGAGCAGAGGAGCCAACGCCAACCUGCUCAACAACUCCAUGUGCACGGCGCUGCACAUCGCCGUCAACAAAGGCUUCGCCGACGUGGCGCGGAUGCUGACGGAGCACGCAGCCGACGUCAACCUGCAGGACUCGUACGGGGACACGCCGCUGCACGAUGCCAUCUCCAAGGACUUCAGGAGCAUCAUGGAGAUCCUGACAGCCGUGCCGACCGUGGACUUCUCGCAGCGGAACAACCGCGGCUUCAACCUGCUGCACCACGCCGCCCUCAAAGGCAACAAGCUCGCGACGGAGAUGAUCCUGGCCCGCGCCCGGCAGCUGGCUGACGUUAAGAAGGAGGACGGCUUCUCCGCGCUCCACCUGGCCGCUCUCAACAAUCACCGUGACGUGGCCGAGGUCCUCAUCAAAGAGGGCCGCUGCGACGUCAACAUCCGCAACAACCGCAGCCAGACGCCGCUGCAGCUGGCCGUGACGCAGGGCCACGUGGUGCUGGUGACGCUCCUGGUGGCCGAGGGCGCCGACGUCAACGCCGAGGACGAGGAGGGGGACACCGCCAUGCACACAGCCCUGAGCCGGCAACAGCUGGCGGGGGCGCCGGCCAGCAGUGAGAGGGAGUCUUCAGCCCUGUGCAGCCGGCUGAGCAGCUCAGGUCUGCUGGGGAACACGGAGCUGAAUGUGGGUGCUGCCAUUGCCUGCUUCCUGGCUCAAGAGGGCGCCGAUAUAAGCUACGCCAACCACAAGGGCAAGAGCCCACUGGACCUGGUGACGGAGAGCACCGUCCUGCAGCUCAUCAGGGGCUUCUCAGAGAAACACAGGCUCCAGCAGCUGCAGGCCGUCCCGGGCGGCGGAGGAGGCGGCAGUCUGCGGCGGGUGCACACCACACCCAACACCAUGACCAACCUGGCCAUGCCCAGCGUGCCCGGCCCCAGCGAGUGUCUCAUCUGCUCGGAGCUCGCCCUGCUCGUACUUUUCUCACCGUGCCAACACAGUGUGGCCUGUGAGGAGUGCGCCCACAGAAUGAAGAAAUGCAUCAAAUGCCAGGUCACGAUCACCAAGAAGAUCCGACAAGACCAAACAGAGGUGGACAGCAGCCCCAACACGGAGCACUCGGAGCAGCACAACCUGCUGGAGCAGCUGCAGUCGCGCUACAGGCAGAUGGAGGAGCGCAUCACCUGCCCCAUCUGCAUCGACAACCACAUCAAGCUGGUCUUCCAGUGUGGCCACGCCUCCUGCAUCGAAUGCAGCUCCGCCCUGAAAACCUGCCCCAUCUGUCGGCAGACCAUCCGCGAACGCAUCCAGCUCUUCGUGUGACCCGACGCAUGCUCUCUCUCUCUCACGCGCGCGCACGCACGCACACACGCACACACACACGCUCACACACGCUCGGACGACCCUGUGUUACCGUCAGCGCUCAUGGUUGGACAGGGACGUCGAGGCUUAGCUGUGAUUAGCCAAUCUGCUGCUCUCUGCUCCUUAAGCCUGACCAGUCUGUCGCAACAGAUGCCACACCCACUCCUGGUGGAAUUUGGGCAGUUAUGUUGAUGAGGGACCAUUCGGAAUUUUGCAAAUGAUUGAGAAGGGUGAGGCUGUGUGUGCGUGUGGCUGUGCGUGCGUGUAUGUGUAAGCAGGCUGGUAUAUUCAAUGGCUCUAAAAAGCCACCGCUUAAACAUACACACCCAAUAUCUGCGCACACAAUACCAUCACACCUGGCCAACCACAAGUUAAUAAAUCUUUUCCCCAGUGGCCUCCCUCCUUCACAGACGAACAAGAAAUGAUUCUUAGAACGCAGUUUUCUAAAAAAUUAUUAUUAUUUUUUAAAAAUCAGUUGCUGUUCUAUCGCAGUCUGUUUGACAGUAAUUGGCACUGAAGUAGCUCUGAGACGUUUACAGACCGAGCACACUGCUACACUCUGCCCAGAGACUGGACGCUUACACAGCAUGUGGACUUGGAUGGCACUGCGUCUCCAGAUGCAUAGCUCCGCAAAGUGAGACGUUUUGCACGUGAGGGACGACCUGUCCAGCCUUUUGGAGUGCGGCUUCAAGCAGCCCGUAGUCACAUCACGCAACGUGCUGCUAUCGCUUGUCAGAGGGCGAUGGCGUACAGCUGCUCUCUGUCCCUCUGAUAGAUCCCAGAAUCUUCCAACAAGCAAGGGAUGUCAAAUGCAUGCUGAUAUGCAUAUUACCUAUUAACGAUAUAUUGUGACAUGGAUUACAUUUUGUGGUGUUAUGAGGCAGUCUGUCACUUUUAUUUAUGUGUGAUGCAGUGUGUCACCUAGAAGUGGAAUGAAGGAGUCACAAGCACCGAAGAUCACAGCGCUACACGUUAAUUUAUUAGACCCAGUCGUCUUGAGCUCGUAGGCCGAACAAAACAGAAGCCCGCAUAUAUAAAAGGUCGUUUGCUUUCUUUUUAAGUUUACAAAAGGAAAUGUUUCCUUUGAUAUAAGACACUAAACCGGGUGGUGGUGGGCCGUUCAGCAUGCGGGACUGCAACUUCUACCCUGGGCGUGCUCCGUGUGGCUUUGACGGACACGUAUCAGACCCGCAGACGAAACUGGCGGCGAGCAGCACUCCAUGGGCGUCAAGCCUCCGCCCCAUCGUCCUCGUCCACCCAUCCACCCUUGGCUGAGACAAAGUGGAAGCCCUGAUCCCGGAUCAGCGUUUGCUACAGGGCUCCCGUGUUUAAUGCUGUUACAUGCGUGGGUCUGGGUGAAGGUGAUCCUACAUGGGCACGCUCACCCCUAGACCUGUGGCACGCAGGGCUGUUUCAGCAGUAGUCAGAACCUGCGCCUGCACCCUGCCAACUUUUCGUAUUGCUGUUCGAAGCAAGCAGCCCCACCCCACCAACAUUCUGCUCACUGGUUCUGGUGAAUUGCGGGCGGUCCCGAGGCGCGGUGGGGACACACGCUGCAGAAAGGAUGGACCACUACACACCCUCUCGCGCGAAUGUCCGUCAGGAUCUUGAUCUUUUUUUUUUUUCCCCCCCCUCCCCCUCCCGACAAUUAAAAAUGGAAAUCCUGCAUUAAUAUACCAAAACAAAAGGUUUGUGCAUCUGUCGAGAACCAUCUGACAAAUGUCAGCCACUCUCCGAGUUAUCCCGUGAAACGGAGCCCCCACCACGUCCCCUGUGUAGUGUGAAUCCUGUACGCAUUCUAUUCCAGAAGGGCUUACUAUAUGCAUCAAAGAGAAAAGGAUCUAUUUUGGUCUCUACACUUUUCAUUUUCUAUUACGUUUGGAGUCUAGCAGCAGGGGGUUUAUACUCUAGGCAGCCCGGUUCCAAGAUGGCCGUUUGAGUGUCAACAUCGGUGUCCUGCUGCAUGGAGCUUAAGGACGUCCGUGGAGCUUGUAGGAAACAAGGCGGCAACACCAGUGCCAAAAAACCCCACCCCCGCCUGUCCAAGGUAUCGCACGCAUUAGUCCCAAGAGUGUCACUUCUGAAGCUUUUGUACAUGUCCGGAUUAUUCUAAUUCAGAUUUUGUCAAAUUUUGAAUGGAUUUGGUUUUUCCCCCUUUAAAAAGGACAAUGUUGGGCAGAACAAAGGAAGCGUUUGGUGCGUUCAGCCUCUUAAGGUAGAUAGGCGAAGUGUUGCCGACAGACAGCUAUCAGCUUACUACUCACUGUAUUGACUAUUGAGGGUCUGUAUCUUACUGAACAUCAUUCUUGGUUUAAUAGUAUAACCAAGUUAUGUCUUCUCACAUAUAUUUUGACAUUUUCAGUGAGAUGCUAAGGCAGGUUUAUGCCUUUUUUGUGUUUUGAGGAGUGUGUUCUUCGCUCUUAACCAUGGUGGUUUUGACUGGCCUUUUUUAGAGGGUGGGGUCGGGGUGUCAGUCAUUCAACUACUCUUGUGAGGUAAGACUUAAGUUUAUAGUAAUUGCCGUCCAUACAGUAGUGUGUGUAGAGGUGAAGUCUAGCUUGCAGAUCUGGGAUCAGUCAAGUUGUGUAGUGGUUCAUAAUGACAUCGGAGCAAGAACAGCAAGACGUGUAGCUGAACCAGCAGUGGAGUAAUGUGAGUACAGUUCUCUUGGACAGAUAUCCAGCUCAACUUGAGUAGCAAAUAGACUUAAGAAAUUCUACGGUAGAAUUGAAACUAGUCAGUACAGAUAAUUGGCAUUAAAAUGCUGUCGUUGGUGAUCAUAAACGUGAAUCGUACAUGAGUCAGUUCCAGAAAAGUGAGUGGGGGGGGGGGGGGAAUGGUGUGUUUGAAAUUACAUGUUGUUUUGUUUUGAAGAUGUUAGAUUAUUUAAGCAACAAAGGGUUACUGUUGAUGUUUGUACAGUCCAGCACGCAGAGUUCUGAUGUGGGCCUUACUGUCCCAUUCUUUUAUUUGUGUUUAUUUGUUUUUUUGUUUUGUUUUUUUAGUUUCCUCUGUACAAAAUAUUUUGCAAUAAAUAUGGAACUGUUUUAUAAAGCUAAAA